UGUUGUUUCAUUGUCUCAGCUUCAGUCAGAUUCAGACAACUAGAAGAACCAGAAGCAACUAGUGUGUACCGUCUGAAAUCGUCGAUUCUAAAUUCCUUUAAUUUUGUGUUCAUCAUAUUGUAGCUAGAACGUAGAUUCAUGUCUGGAAUUGCCAUAGGCCGGCUCUCAGAAGAGCGAAAGGCUUGGAGAAAGGACCACCCAUUUGGAUUCGUGGCUAGGCCCACCAAGAAUAUUGACGGGACUUUGAAUUUGCUCAACUGGGACUGCGUCAUCCCAGGGAAGAAAGGAACUCUCUGGGAAGGUGGGUUUUACAAAAUGAAGAUGAAUUUCAAGGAUGAUUAUCCGUCAUCCCCACCGAAGUGUAAAUUUGAGCCGGCACUGUUCCAUCCCAAUAUCUAUCCAUCUGGAACCGUAUGCUUGUCGCUGUUGGAUGAAGACAAGGAUUGGCGUCCUGCAAUUACCAUCAAGCAGAUCCUGCUUGGAAUCCAGGAGCUCCUGAAUGAGCCCAACAUCAAGGAUCCCGCACAAGCCGAGGCCUACACUUUUUUCUGUCAGAACCGGCUCGAGUACGACAAAAGAAUUAAAGAACAGGCCAAAGCCAUGGCUCUUCAAAAAUGAACUUUUAUAAACUUUUGACAUUGGACAUUCUCAAAAAAUACAUUCUUUGCUGUUCAUCAAAAUUAAUGUUUCAUAAAAAUUAAUCAAUGUUAUCGUUUAAAAAAAAUCAAAAUGAAUUUUUAAUACUUUUUAAAUAAAUACACUUCAUUGAU